UGCCGAACCUCUUAAACAAGACGCGACAAGAAACGCGUCUUUAAUUAGCAUUUUCUCCAAGUUUGCGCUGUUACCAAUCCUCUGCCUUGGUCGAGUCAUUUUGCACUUGAAACUACCCAAUUAGACGUAAAAAGAAAUACUACAAUUGACAAAAUGGGUUCCUUGGCACAACACGAGGAACACCAAUACCUUGAUCUCGUCCGUGAAAUUUUAGAUCAUGGAGAGCGUCGACCGGAUCGAACAGGUACAGGCACAUACUCCAUCUUCGCCCCUCGCCCUCUCAAAUUCAGCCUCAACAACGACGGCAAACCAAUUCUCCCCCUCCUAACAACCAAGCGCGUCUUCCUCCGCGCCGUGAUCGCCGAGCUCCUCUGGUUUAUAGAGGGCAACACUUCGUCCGCCUCCCUCAGCGCGCAGGACGUCAAGAUCUGGGACGGCAACGGGUCGCGCGAGUUCCUCGACAACCUAGGCUUAACCCACCGCGAGGUCGGUGAUCUGGGACCGGUAUACGGCUUCCAAUGGCGGCACUUCGGCGCCGAGUACGUCGACGCCAAGACCGAUUACACCGGUCAGGGAUACGACCAACUCGCCGACGUCAUUCACAAGCUGAAGCAUAAUCCGUACGACCGUCGCAUGAUCUUGUCGGCGUGGAACCCGGCGGACCUGAAGAAGAUGGUGUUACCGCCGUGCCACAUGUUUGCGCAGUUUUACGUCUCGUUCCCAAGGCAAAGCGGGGGGAGUAGCGAGGGAGAUAAGGAGAAGCCGAAGGGACAUCUUCACUGUCAAUUGUACCAGCGAUCUUGCGAUAUGGGUCUCGGCGUCCCGUUCAACAUUGCGAGCUACGCCUUGUUAACGCAUAUGCUCGCGCAUGUUUGCGAUUUAGUCCCUGGUAGCCUAACACAUGUUAUGGGUGAUGCUCACGUAUAUGUUGACCACGUCGACGCCCUGAAGGUCCAAUUAGAGCGGGAACCACGACCAUUCCCCGAAAUAAAACUAUCGCCUGCAAAUAGCGACUCUAUCGAUGGUUGGAAAGUGGAAGAUAUCUCUGUCCUGAAUUACGAACCUCAUAAGACGAUCCCGAUGAAGAUGUCUGUCUAAUACGAAUCAAUUUUCCCUUAGUUGCAUGAUAAGACGAUUUACAUAGCUAGGAGCGAGAUGCGGUAUGAUAAUGAAUGUAUUGAUUAGGAUGUCGCGGGAUGAGCUAAACUACUCGCUGGGUUCAACCAGGUGUUGGAUAUCGCGUUAGACGCAUCGUCGGGAGACGUACAUGACAUACAAAGUGAAAAUAUUAGACAUCAACUGCAUGUCGAUUUAGAGUAGAGGUAUUAAAGAACUCUUACUAGAAAGCGUACCUUAGCUGUCUAGAGGCCCUCUUACGUAGGUAUGGACUUACUACGUACUGUUUAAAUUUACCCCUGAAUAUAUCCGCUUUUGCACACCUACCUACCUACCUACCUAC